AUGAGCAAUCCAUCAGAUCUACGUGUACCCUCCAAGCGGGUUCCGCUAAAGGAGUCGUCUAAAUCCGCGCUCAACUCGAACACAGCACCCAAGAAAUCGUUGCUUGAUCAAAAACUCGACCUUACUAAUCCGUCCCUUGGGGAGUCGAUCAAGAGUCUUGCGGCGCCUUCCGUGGCCGCCAAGAAACAGUCCAAUAGAAUGACCGGCGCAGAGCUCAGAGACUGGCAACAAAGCUGGAGAAAGAUCCUCAAGGCCAGUGUUGUUUACUUCGAGAACGACGAAGGGAGAAACGAGAGAGAGAAAGAACGUGCCAAACUGUCUCUACAGUCGCUGGGAGCCUCAAUCGAGAGAUUCUUUAGUGAAAACGUCACAAUUAUUGUGUCUCGAAGACCUUACAACAAGAACGCCGAAUAUCCAAUGGGAGAUAUCUUCCGUAUUGCGAAAAGAAACGAACUCAAGGUAUGGACGUAUGACAAAGUGUUUAGGUUCAUGAACCACCUUGGCGAACCAAUUCCAGAAGAUGAGUCCUCACUCAAGAAGAAAUUGUCCUCUUUGCUCAAGAACGAGAAGCUAUUUGGUCCGAACGAUAGAGACCCAAACGCGAAAAGAGACGACAUCAAAUACUUUACUGGUUACUACUUUUACGUUUAUGAUUUACGACAACAGACUAGGCCAAUUGUAAUCAAGGAGUGGCCUACAAAUUCCGUGGAUUUCCCAAAACUUACAAAGUCGACCAACGGAAGAUCACUGUUCAUAGAAGACACCCUCACAGGAAAUCUUGAAAAGAGGCACAAAAGACGUCUUCAGUACCUUGAAGAAACAAAAGAAUACAGACAAAAAAUCAUAGAAUCAUCUCACUUAGCUAACGAGCCUAUUUUGACAUACGAACAGCGAGCGGAAUAUAAACGACUAUGGGAAGAAUCUUACUAUGGGAAACCAGCUGAGGAGCCGCAAUUGAAGAGAAGAAGACUUGAGGAACUCACUGAGGACGACGGAAACCAGGAGACUGUGCAGGAAAUGGCUCCUCCGGCCAAGCUUAAUCGCGAAGAUUCCACGAUGGAGGCCAUGCAAAAUAAGAUAGGCAAUGAGUAUGGAGAGAUUGAGGCGUCUGGAGUUGUUCAAACCCAAUCUGGAUCGAACUUCCAGUCGGGCCAAGGCUCAGUUAAUGGCAUUGGCAACGGUCUUGGUCCUUCGCACUCUUUGGUUUUUAAUAAAAAGAUUGCCAGCGAGAAGAGAAAGAUGAUGACUUUCUCACCGGUUCAGGCUACAGAAAAGAGAGAUGUGUCCAUGAAGAUGUUCAAGGUGAGAAAGGAGGACAGAAUGGUCCGUGUUGUGAACGUGAAGCGGGACUCAAAGUUUAUCAGUUCUGAAGAGGCCAAGAAACAGUCUGUUCAAAACAAGGAAAACGAAGAUCCUUUGGAACCCAAAACUCCUAUAAACAAGGUGAGCAUGGAGACUCAGAAUGGGCCACUGAGCGACGAGGAUUUGAAGCCAAUCGACCAGGAGGCCGUUUUCAAGCCGGAGUGCACUCCACGGCCACACGCCGCGCAGAACCGUGGAGAAAUUUCGCUUGACAAACUGAAGCUUCCAGAGCACAAGGAUUUGGAAGCCACCGCCAGCAAACAGUUCUUCCAGCAGUCACUGCAAUCCAAGAAACUGAAAAUGAAGGAAGUCUCCAGCAUGCCUCCUGUUCGCAAGCCCAAGACAGAGGUGAAACCAGGAUACUGUGAGAACUGCCGUGUGAAGUACGACGACUUUGACGAACAUAUUCUCAUGGACAAGCACCGCCAUUUUGCGAAGAACGACUCAAAUUUCAAAGAUAUCGAUCGUUUGAUUGAGGACAUCAAGAUGACUAGAUUAAUGGGAUUAUAA